UGAGUUGCCACUUGCUGUUGCCAUGCCCAUAAGUGGCAGCCCUUGCAACCAGUGCAAACUGCAAGAUUAUCUCAUUUUAUGUAGAAUAGAAUGGUGCAUUCUAAUUUAGGAUUUGACGUUGAACCAACAGUGGAUGAAAAUUCCAAUGUUAGUAGGAGUUCUUCCAUUAACUCCUCUAGUGGUUCAAUUAAUGACUUUCCCAAUGAAAGAAAUUCAUUUACAAAAAUUGCUCAUGAAGAUGAGAUGGAAAACUCAUCUGGUCAAAGUUCAUUCGGCACAAAAAAAUUUAUUGCUAGUCUGGAUGUUGGGACCACAAUUAUUCGAUGCUUUAUUUUCAACACAAAUGCUGAAAUAUGUGCUUCAGCUGAAGAAAGGGUUGAGUUACUUCAUCCUGAACCUGGUCAUAUUGAAAUGGAUCCAGAAGAGACUUGGAAUAAAUGUCAGCUGGUCAUUCAAAAAACAGUUGAAUGUGUUGGUGCAGAAAACAUCACAAGCAUUGGUGUGUGCACUCAGCGUGGCACUUUUUUGCUCUGGGAUGCUGUUACUGGCAAGCCUUUCCACAAUCUCAUCACCUGGAAAGACCUGAGAGCAGAUGCUCUGGUCAAGCAUUGGAACAAGUGCUUCCAAAUGAAUUGUCUGCGCCGGGGCAGUCGCUUCCUGCACUUCUUGACUGGCAGUGACAGAUUUCUGGCAUCAAGCGUUUUGACCUUCAUGAAUGCCCAGGUUGUGAUGCGUCUGAAGUGGGUUCUGGAGAAUAUUGCUGAGAUGGAUAAGCUUAUAGCAGGUGGCAGGGUGCGAUUUGGGACACUGGACACCUGGAUUGUCCACAAACUGACCCAAGGCAAGGUGUAUGCAUCGGACUACUCUAAUGCCAGCGCCACGGCCAUGUUUGAUCCCUUCUUAAAAGAAUGGAGUUCCUUCGUCUUGCGCUUCCUUGGUAUCCCAAAUUUAAUUUUUCCUGAACUACGGCCAAGUUGUGGGGACUGGGGAACCUGUCAUCCCAGUGUCUGUGGGGCUGCUUUGCCUAUAACUGCUGUGGUCAGUGACCAGGGGGCAUCUCUGGCAGGGGGAGGAGGACACUCACGAGGCCAUCUCAAGAUCACCCUGGGGACAGGCGCCUUCAUGAACCUCAAUACUGGCGAGCAGCCUCUGGCUACAGUGUGUGGAAUAUACCCGGUGGUUGGGUGGCAGGAACCUAAGGGCAGAGUUGUGUUCAUGGCUGAAGCCUCAGCGUUGGACGUCGGCACGGUCAUGGAGUGGGGACAGCGCGUUGGACUCUACACCGACGUGACAGAGACCGCUGCCAUCGGAGCGUCCGUUCCAGACUCUGGAGGCGUGUACUUUGUCCCUGCGUUCCAGGGCCUCCAGGCGCCCGUGAACGACAGCACCGCGACGUGUGGCUUCAUGGGCAUCAAGGCAGUGACGACGCGUGCCCACCUCGUUCGUGCCCUGCUUGACAGCUUGUCAUUCCUUGUCUACCAGAUGUUUGAGGCCAUGCUGGAUGAGGCUCGGCAGCCGCUGCUUGAUGCCAGGGUGGACGGCGGAGUGUCGCGUAACGAGCUCAUCGUGCAGCAGAUCGCGACGCUGACGCAGCGGCGCCUGACGCGCUACACCACGACGCAGCUCAGCGCCCAGGGCACCGCCGUCCUAGCCGGCCUGGGGGCAGGCGUUCACAAAAGCGCAUCUGCUGUAGACGCGCUGCUGGUUGUGGAGCGCGUAUUCGAGCCUGAAGCAAGCGAGCGUCCUCGUCUGCUGCUGCACUACGCCAGGUGGAAGAAAACCUGUGCAAGAUUCGGCGCCUGGACAUCUAGUUUCGAGGGUCAACUCUAAUAUUCUUCCAGUCAAUAUUGUGCUCUUUAAAGUUGAUAAAAUUUUAUGCUGGAUGAAGGUAUGAACGUUUCUGAAAAUAUAUUUUUGGUACCUAAACUUAGGGUGAUGAUUGCGAUCAGUAGACAUUCCCUGUGAUGGGUGCAGGUUGUUAACGGAAUGGCUGUUGGAAGCAUCUUCUGUCAAACUUUUUCUCCGAAUAGUUGAAUUUUGUGCAAUAAUAUUCCAUGUCGCUUCUCAUCUCUUCGUAAACCAAUUCUUUAAAAAAAACUCCUGGUGGCGGGAAUACGUUACCUUAUUUUAUCUGAAGCUUACCGGAAUUCAGUGCCAACUUCUGGUAUAUCUUGAUAGUUUUCAGGCCAUUGAUUUAACAAUCACAGUCAAGUCGGAUGGCUUUCAGUAAAAGUAAACCUAACCAUUUUGGAAAAGAUUCAAGAACGUCAUAGUAAAGAGUAUUUAUUACGUAGUUUAUAUAGUUGGUUUUCUUUAUGUGAGGAAACAGCGGCUCAAUCCACAACUACUUCAAAAUUGUAACGCUAAUUUAUCCCUAUUUUCAAUACCAUUUUUAUUUCUUGUUGAGAACAUUGUUGCAUCAUUGCAAUUCAAGGUUCAUCUCCCUCUUUUUAACAUGUAAUGUAAGCGCUAUUAAAUAUUCAUAUCUUGCCCUGCAUAAAAUUUCCUUGCCCUGCAUAAUUUCCGCUCCUCACCUCAACUGAAACUUCCUUCAUCAGAUACAAUUUCUUGAAUUCGGACUUAUCGCUUUGUUCUUGGGGU